CUUCUCCAUCAUCCUCCAUUAAAAAGAACUCAAAAUUAGUUAAUCAUUGUUUCAAACAAAAUCCCAUUUUCCCAUUUCUUUCAAUCUUCUAUUGCGAUUGCCUCCAUUCCUUUUUCUUCCUUAACCCUUUUACACCUUUUGGAAACAACCAAAACUCUGCAACCAGGUACCCCACUUGCAUCAAUUCUCCAUUUUCUCCCUCUUCUCUCUCUUUCUCCUCUUGCUUUGCUCGCUGAGAGCUGUUCUAGCAAAUGGGUGCAUGGGAUUUCAUUUCGUUAAGCUUCUGAGGAGGUUUUUUGUGAAAUGGUUUUCCUCUUUGAUCCGGUUGUCCCGUGAUUCGCCUCUUUGAAGUCGGAGAUGGGAACGGCCUCUGUACAAUGUCUGACUAAUAGUAUUUCCAGAUUCAUUCAUCUAGUUUCAUGCCACACUACAAAGCCUUUGCCUCUUCCCAAGAAAUGCAGAAAUCUCGUUGUUGUCUUAAAACUUCUGAAAGUCGUCCUUGAUGAUGUCAUUAGUCUCAAACUCUCUUCAGAUGAGUUAUUUUAUAGUGAAUGUGAGUCACUGGAUACAGCUGUAAACGAGGCUCGAGAAUUCAUCGAAAACUGGUGUCCAAAGACGAGCAAAAUUUGCAGCGCUUUGAAAUGUGAUCCACUACUUAUAAAAAUUCAAAGCUCUUCACAAGUGAUCUGUGAGAUCAUUUGGAAGUUGUCGGAAUCAGUAUCAUGCAGCUCAAGUCUAAGUGCUGUUCAGAAAUGUCUUGAAGGCCUGCAAUCAUUGAAGCAAGAAAGGAUAUCUGACUCUAUAGAAGAGGCACUAAUUAGUCAAAGAAGUGGCAUUGGCCCAAACUCGGAACAUCUUUUAAAACUGAUUGAAGCACUUCAUUUGACGUCAAAUCAAGAACUUCUGAAAGAGACUAUAGCUGUUGAAAAGGAGAGAAUAAAUGCUGAACGCAACAAUGCAAAGAAGGAACUACAUCACAUCAACCAGAUUAUGGAUCUAAUUAUCCGUAUACGAGAUUGGAUGGUUAGAAAGGACUACUUCCAUGGGAUAAAUGGAGUAUCGGUUCCUUCAUAUUUUCGUUGCCCAUUGUCAUUGGAGCUGAUGCUUGACCCAGUAAUUGUGGCAUCUGGCCAAACUUAUGACAGGUCCUCCAUUCAAAAGUGGAUUGAUAGCGGAUUAAACAUUUGCCCCAACACUCAUCAGAUGCUCACACAUACAAAUCUCAUUUCCAACCAUACUGUUAAAGCCAUGAUAUUGAGUUGGUGCGAUGAAAACAAAUUGAACUUUUCCAGUUUAUCAUCAUUGGUUCAGUUGUCUCAGCAGAAUCUGAAUCGAAGUGAUAGCUUUCAUUAUUCUGUACAUGGUAGUAAUUCAACUGCAGGGUCAUCCCCUGAAGUCAAAAAGGGUUCUGACAAGCAAAAUGGGGACGUCUUUACCAGUUUAAUUGGGGAAAAUUCCAAUGAAGGUCGGAGGAACGAAACAGAAAAGUUCGAUCAGCCCUCCCCUCAGCAAUCUUAUAUCUACAGCAGGAGUGUAUCAGCUUCCAGUGCCUUCUCUAGCAUUGAUUACAUUCCAUCAGCAUUUAAUGAAUUGUUGAAGGUAUCAAAUAAACAUGAAUUUAUAAAGGAAUUAUCUGGAGAAAUCACAUCAGAGCAUCCUGCUGCAUCUCAUAUUGAAGUAUCAGGGUUUACUUCAUCAUUAGGAGAUGGACAAUUACAGGCUUGUAAAACAGAAACAAACAUGGUGGAGAAUGGAAACAGUAAUGGUAGAAUGGAUAGUUUAAUUCCAGUUGAAUCCGAAUCUGAUAACUUAUCCGGAGAUUUGCAUAUCAAGAAAUUGAUUGCAGACCUUAAGAGCCAAAGGGAUGAAGUUCAAAUGAAGGCUGCAGAAGAAUUGAGACUUCUUGCCAAGGACAAUGUAGAAAAUCGUGUUAUAAUUGGUCAAUGCGGGGCAAUAGGCCCCUUACUUUCGCUUUUAUAUUCAGAAGGAAAGCUGAUACAAGAGCAUGCUGUGACAGCUCUGUUAAACCUGUCAAUUGAAGAAAAUAAUAAAGCUAUGAUUGCAGAAGCAGGAGCUAUCGAACCACUUAUUCAUGUUUUAAAAACUGGAAGCUCUGCUGCUAAAGAAAAUUCCGCAGCUUCUUUAUUCAGUCUCUCUGUAUUAGAAGAAUACAAGGCUAAAAUUGGUCGGUCUGGGGCAAUUAGAGCCUUGGUGGAACUCUUAGGUGCGGGUACUCUGAGGGGCAAGAAAGAUGCGGCUACUGCUUUGUUCAACUUAUCUAUUUUUCACGAAAAUAAGGCUCGUAUAGUUCAAGCGGGUGCUGUUAAGUACCUUGUUGAGCUUCUAGACACUGCCACAGGUAUGGUUGACAAGGCUGCUGCUCUUCUUGCUAACUUAUCAACAAUUUCAGAGGGGCGAUUGGCAAUUGCACGGGAAGGGGGUAUCCCCUUAUUGGUAGAAAUUGUUGAAACUGGAACUAUGAGAGGAAAGGAAAAUGCUGCAUCUAUUCUGUUGCAACUAUGCCUUCAUAGUAACAAAUUUUGCACCUUGGUUCUCCAAGAAGGAGCCGUCCCACCCCUUGUUGCCUUAUCUCAGUCUGGCACACCUAGGGCAAAAGAAAAGGCGCAACAGUUGCUGAGUCAUUUUCGGAAUCAAAGAGAUGGAACCACAGGGAAAGGAAAAUAGUUGGAAGAGAACUUUCUGAAGUCAUAAUCAAUAUUGAAGGGUAUAAUCUGCAUCAGUUUCUUCUCAAGUAAUUGUGUACAAGAGGCUUAAAUUCUUUAGUUAUGAAUUAUAUCUUUGAUGUUUAUGUGCAUCAGGUUCUUUAUUUUUUCCUCCCUAACAUUCAAAGUGAGGAAUGGAUUGUAAAUGUAGGAUUUCUACUUCUUCAUAUCUUUUUCUUUUUGUCUUUUUUUGCUGGAAUCUAGAGUUGUAGGUUCUGGAUUCUGUUUUGGUUUGAGCUUGGCCAGAACAUAGCAUGGACAGUUUUCCGUUGUGGAUUUAGGCUGUAUGUUGUUACCGGUUCUGUUGUGAGCGUUGGUUGUACAUAUAAUGUAGAUAUAUUAUGGACUCCCACUUCAAUUUGCAAUAGCACUAUUUAUUUAUAUGAA